AUAAAAAAUGCAUUAAAAUAAUGCUGAUCUAAUUAGACCAGGAUGUAGAGGAGGACAUGAUCAAUUUAAUUGGGAGUCUUUGAGAACAAUGAAAUACCAUGAUCGUGAGUAAUAUUUGGGUUAAACAACAAUUAUUGGAUAUUUAGAUAAAGGAGGAAAAUGGAGAAAGAAAGAUUGGUACAUUAAACCAGAAGAUCGUAAUGGUUUAGAUAAUAUAUGUAUGAGAAUAUAUUUAUAUUUUAAAUUAGAAUUGGAUGAUGAAUUUAAAAGAGCAAAAGAGGAAGAUGAUAGAAGAAUAAGAGUAGCAUUAGGAUUAGAAUAACCAGAUGAAUAAAAAUAGAUGUAAGUUAAAUUGACAAAAGAGGAGAUGGCUUAGUUAACAAAAAAAUCAAAAAUAGAUUUUGAUGAUGAAUUGAAUAAUGAGAAAAAAGGCUUAGGAAAUGGUCCUAUGUAAAAGUAGACUAAAAAUACAGAAGCUUAGUAUUUACUAGAAGCUUAUGGCGAUUAAGAUUAAUACUUAGUGUAAGUAAAGAAGGAGGAGGAUGGAUGUAUUGAGAAGAAAAUAAAAAAAGAAAAAAAGAAGAAAGAAAAAAAGGAAAAGAAAAGUAAAGAGGAAAAAAAGCAUAAAAAACAUAAGGAUAGUGAAGAAAAAAAAGAGAGGAAAAAGAAGAAAUGA